GUGGUAUUAUUAAACAUCCCUGCCGCGGUCACACUGCUAUUUACACGCCCAAAAAUUCAAUCAAUUGAAACGCAACGAAAAACCCAAAUAAAACGAUGAAAUCCCUGGAAAAAUGUGUGCUGGCCGUGCUUGUGCUCUGCUGUCUGCUGCAAAUAGGCCAGGCGAUCAAAUGCUGGGAUUGCCGCAGCGAUAACGACCCAAAAUGCGGGGAUCCCUUCGACAACAGCACCCUGGCGAUCACGGACUGCCAACAGGCGCCGGAACUGGAGCACUUGAAGGGCGUGCGGCCGACGAUGUGCCGCAAGAUCCGGCAGAAGGUGCACGGGGAGUGGCGCUACUUCCGCAGCUGCGCCUACAUGGGCGAGCCCGGAAUCGAGGGCGACGAACGCUUCUGUCUGAUGCGCACCGGCAGCUACAACAUCUUCAUGGAGUUCUGCACGUGCAACAGCAAGGACGGCUGCAAUUCGGCGGGAGUUCAUCGCCUGGGCUGGAUGGCAGUCCUUUCCGGAACACUCGUUUCCGUGCUUGUGGCGCAUCUGCUGCGGCAAUAGUUGGAGAGAUCUACCUUCUCCAGUUGUAGCCAAUGCCACGCCUCCUUUGGUCGCUCCUUUGAAACAAGACUGUCUUGACUUUAAAAAAUGGAUUUUCCAGAUGUUAAAAACAAGUUCCAGAUCUAUAAUGCAUCAUAUUAGCUAGGGACAGCAGUACUGAACGUAGGAUUCCAUGUUUAAUAAGAUUUGAUUUCUUUUAAAGCUUUCAUAAUUUGCAUCACAAGAGUUAUGACAAAAACUUAACAAUCAAUGCAAUUUUUAAACUUCCUUACACGUUACCUUAAGGUGACAUGGUAUUAGAGUGUAAACAAAAUGAGAGAUUACAACCGUUGGGAACUGCAGUAUUUAAUAUAUCAUAUCAUAUUUUUUUAACUUUAACUUGCUAUCUGUUACAAAAAUAACCAACUUUACUCAUUGUCCAAAAUUAUGUUUCUAAAUUGUUGGAAUCUUAUUUAAAAAGCCGAAAGUCAGUAGAUAAGCAGUUCUGUAAAAGUAUUAUCGCAGCAGUUGCCAACUCCUUGUUUCAGCAAUUCAACUUAGGAACUCCAACAGAGUUUAUUAAAUCUGGCUUAUCCCUUCUUUAAAGUACGAUAGUCUUGCAAAAAUGAGCGAUGUGUAAUCAAGUGCCUUUCUAUAAACGACUCGAAUUGUAACUUAAGCUUGGAAACCUAUUUCCGUCCACAAGUAUCUUACGCACGUGACAUUCCCUAUUUCGUAAGCUCAACCUUGUAAUCUCCACCCUCUACUUGUAUUUUGUAACGUGUUUUUACAAAGAAACCCCUUAGUUGUAGUCGCCAGCAGGCUUACAAUUUUUUAUUGUAAUGCAAAGACAAUUAGAACAUUUUUGUAAUUGAAAUAAAAGAUUUACACACCAA